UGGUGGGGCUGGCGACAGCGCAAGGUGCACCGCGUCGUUCUAUUGUCCCCGUUUUUACCGGAUUGUCUCGGCCACCGACCACAGUCUGUCAACGAUACAGUAACCAACUGAACCUGCGCUUAAAUCAUGGUAAAUGUUUUUCUUUCUUUCUAUAAAUUAAUAAAUGGGAUUGAAACAGGAGGACGCACGGGACUGAAGAUACCCUGUUCAGCUUCAACGCUUUCUGACAAGAACGGAUAUAAUUCAACUGAUAUAAUCUGCUGCACUCGUCUUUCUAAGACUGAAAUUAACAUUUAAAAUACGGAUACUUCAUCCUCGAAUGGUUUACAUCCCACAUAUUAUUUUUGAGUUGUCUUCAAGCCUUAAGAGAUAUCGAGGUUUAUCAGGCUUCGGUUACAUUUCUUCAAGAGCCCAAGGCAACCUUUCCCGGGAGGGAGGAGCGAGGAGACUAGAGGAACCGUCUCCGUCAACAACAUUGCAUUGUUUCUCUGCAAAAGACCAUAUCAAGGCGACACUGAUAUGCUAACAUUACUGCAAUGAUCCAAGUGGCCUGGAUAUAGCCUUGUGUUUGUAGUGCUUGGCGUGCCUGGGUGCAUUGAUUGCCAAUUUAAGACAUCAGGCGCAGCCAGUAAUCCAUGUGUUUUAUCUUGUUUUAUCUAAUGGUUUGCUUAUGAUCUAUUGGCCAAGAUAAUGCGGCUACAUAAGAACCACGGACUUUCGAAAGGUUGAACAACUUGACAUUCAAUCCACAUUUGCCCUGUGUUAGAUUAAAUAGUAUGAAGGAUUAGCAAAUUGAACCAAUCCGUUUUCCCUGUUUGCCUUUACCCUUGAAUUGUGUUAUAGGCUACACUGCGCACCAAUCCUACAGACUAUAGUUUGGAUAUAGCCUAAUCAGCUUCUUUGCGUCUAAACAUUAUCCGAAACCUCUGCUCACACGUACCGCGGCCAAGCAGUCCUCGCCCCUACCCGGUUACCAAGAGGCUACGGAGAUUUGGGAGUUACAGCGACCCACGUGGAGGGAGAACUGCCGUGGACCGGCAGACACCAUGGGUUGUUGCAGCGGCCGGUGCACGCUGGCUUUCAUCUGCGGCAUGCAGCUGGUCAGUGUUCUGGAGCGCCAGGUCUUUGACUUCCUGGGGUACCAGUGGGCCCCCAUCCUCACCAACUUCCUGCACAUCAUCCUGGUCAUCCUCGGCCUCUUUGGGACCAUCCAGUUCAGGCCUCGCUACGUCACAGGGUAUGCCGCGUGGCUGGUGCUGUGGAUGACCUGGAACGUCUUCAUCAUCUGUUUCUACCUGGAGGUGGGGGACCUGUCCAAGGACUCUGACCUCAUCAUGACCUUCAACAUCUCCAUGCAUCGCUCCUGGUGGAUGGAGAACGGCCCAGGAUGCAGGGUGACCCCGGUAACCCCCCCUCCAUCCUGGGCCCCGGAGGACCACCGCUACAUCAGCAUCUCAGGCUGUCUGCUGGACUAUCAGUACCUGGAGGUGGCCCACAGCUCUCUGCAGAUUCUACUGGCUCUGGUGGGGUUCAUCUAUGCCUGCUACGUGGUCAAGCUGAUCUCAGAAGAGGAGGACAGCUUUGAUUUUAUAGGAGGCUUCGACUCUUAUGGAUACCAGGGACCUCAGAAAACCUCCCACCUGCAACUCCAACCGAUGUACAUGUCAAAGUAACGCGGACUGCCUUACCAACAUCAAAAGCUACUGUUUUAACUUCCUGUCCAUUUCUUCAAUGUCUUAAACAUGAUACUGUGUCUUAAAGUAUGUGAAGAGCCAGAGACUCCAUGCUCUAACCUCAGAGAGAACACAGUGGAUGUUCCUGUGCGUGUGUGUGUGUAUGUGUGUAUGUGUGUGUGUGUGUAGGACGGGGUGACUGAGUGUGUGUCUAGUAUUGUGUCUGAGCCGGGCCUGGACUAGGCCAGUCUGCUGGAGCAACAGUGCCACCAUGUGGCUCUACAUGGUCACCACAGGAGAAAUACAGAACCUCUACUCUCGGAGCUGGACGACAGAGACACAUCAGGGAGCCAAUAGUAUUAAUCUCCCGGACCACGCCCAAUUGGCCAUGUUGACCCGUUGGAAUACUGCCAACUCGCUCCCUAAGUGUUCCAACUGUGUUCCCACUUAAAUGAUUGGACAAUACUCUUCACCUUGAGGAAUGUCCAAUACCUGAUCAAUACCUGAUCGAUGAGCCUCUAGUCUUUCUGUGUUUGUGACACAGGGAAUCUCAAUCGGAGCAGCAGAGCUCUAGGCCCAAAUCUCCCUGGACAUAUUAGUCCUGACAGUGCCCAGGACUGUAGACGGACAGAUGGCAGACUGAGCUUGGCUAUCAGGUGGAUCACAGGAACACCAGGCCCAGACAGCCGGUCUGGACAUUUCUAGAGGCAUUUGUGUUUGCAUGAGGUGUCGACUCUGUGCCCUAUUUAUUCUCUGACAUCACUGGAUUGUUCCCAGACUAGCUAGUGCUGUGUGCUAGCAUGCUAACUGGCAAGACUGCUGAGUAGCUAGAAAGGUAUUCUAACUGGCUAACCUGCAGACUAGCUAGAGCGGUGUGCUAACCUGCAGACUAGCUAAAGGGGUGUGUUAGCUACUAGCCUUCCCUGUUACACUGAGUGUGAACUUUGUGCUUUUCUAAGACAACGUUGAGUCUCUCCUAAUGACAAUGACGUACACUUACAAACUAUUAUGAAACUUCUUUAAAAUUCUAGGCAUUUUUAACAUGUGUGACAGUGUUUACUCUUUUUAUAGUUGAAUACUAAUUGCUGAUGUUGUGUAUGUGGGGCCUUGUAUUCUUUUAACUGUAUAAUGUGUCAGGGGAGUGGAGUUGGGUGGGGUGGGUGGGGGGGGGGGGCAGGGUGUAUAGUGUCAGGACAGCCCUGGGUUGGGGUGGGGACAGUAUCUAAAGUGACUGAAACAUGUUUCUGUGUGGUGGACUAGAACCCUAGAUCUAUCAGGAUCACCUCUCAACUAUCAACCCAACUAGGGAAUCAAACCCCGGUCUCACUUGACUGCAUUAGCAUGCUGAGCAUUAGCUCUGGGAACACUUCAGGUCUCAGUGAAUCACCUCUGUUACAGGAGCAUCAGCCUCUAGAUCUUAUGACAGGGUCUUCUCAAUUUGACCAGGUCUCCAUGGCAACCAACUGAGCAUGUCUGGACCUUGAACUUUCAGUAACCCUAACCACAACCCUUCCCACCGGAUAGCUCUUCCUGUCACAGAGGCCAAAGAUACCAGGAGUUUACUAAGAUGAUCCACUUCAUCAUCGGAGAGUGGGAAACAAUGUCUGCAAUAAACACAGAAAAUUCCAAAUUUCAAAUUUGUGGAACUGGCAGAAAUUUUUCCUGGUUAAAUAAAAAGAGCAAGUAAUUUGGCACACACGUCAUUGAUCACAACAUGAAGUACAUUUGACCCAAAUUCCCAUGUUAGGGGACAGGGAGAGAGAGACGCUCAUGGUCAGAGAGAGCAGCACUAGAGUGGUUAACAUAGUGAAGCAGAGCUACCAGGAGAGGCCUGGGGGCCAGAGACUUGAGUUCUACUGAAUUCUACCAUUCUCUCUAGAUGUAGACGUUUUAUAUUUAUGUUACUUUUCAAAAAGACUGUAAAUAUAAUAAAAGCCAACUAUGGAAAAGGCC